AUGGGAAAUUUGAUGGGCAGUUUGCGAUACAAGGAGCCAAGCACUGUGGAGGAAUGCGACUCGACGUGGGAAACCGACUCGGAGAGCGAUGAGCAGCAAUGCGAGGAGGACAGCGGCAUCUCCGAGUCCAUCCCGUCAGAAUCGGGGAAAUGUGACGAACAGCUGGAUGUUUCGCUGCAGUUCGGUGACACGUCUGAGUCCUCCACGAAGAUAAAAAGAAGCUUUUACGCAGCCAAGGACUUGUACAAGUAUCGGCACAGCUAUCCGAACUCUAAAUCCUCCCGGCAGCCCAAUGAGUACAGGAACGUGCGGUUUUAUCUGAAUAAGAUUCCACUGGUCCCUGAUGGUAUCUAUGUGGAGGAGAUCCUCACCAAAUGGAGAGGAGACUAUGACAAGCUGGAGCACAAUCAUACUUAUAUCCAAUGGCUCUUCCCUCUCAGAGAACAGGGCCUCAACUUCUACGCCCAAGAGCUCACUCAGGAUGAGAUCAGGGAGUUCCAGAGUACCCGGGAGGCGAAGCGGCGUUUUCUGUUGGCCUACACCAUAAUGUUGGACUUCUUUGGGAUAAAGCUGCUGGAUAAAAACGGGAAUGUGGCGCGUGCCCCAAACUGGCCCGACCGCUUCCAGCAUCUCAACGAGUCACAGCAUAACUACCUGCGCAUCACACGGAUCCUCAAGAGCCUGGGGGAACUGGGCUUCGAGAACUUUAAGUUCCCUCUGGUGCGUCUCCUCCUGGAGGAGGCGCUGGUGGAGGGAACGCUCCCAAACAUGCGCCACAGCGCCCUGGAAUACUUCGUCUACACGCUCCGCCAGCACAGCCAGAGACGCGCCCUGCUCCGCUUCGCCCAGCGACACUACCACCCCCCGGAAAACUUCCUCUGGGGCCCCCCCAAGAGGAAACGCGUCCCGGGCGCCGCCGGGCCGGCGGGAGCCGCCAGAGCAGCUAAACCUGACCCCGCCCCUGGAGAAGGGCGGAGUCAAGGCAUGGUCGUCCAAGGAGGCCAAGAGCCUGUCCAGCCCGGAGAGGGAGGAGCGGGAGGGGACGGGAGCUAUUCAAGAUAUCUGCGCAUGAAGACAUGA